CAGAGCGCCAGAAAACAAGCUUGAGCGGGUGUUUUACCCUGAUCAGUAAUGCGACUUCAAGAGUGAGUAGUGGUCAUACCGGAAUAUCUAAGAGAAGUUUUAUUAUAGAGGGAAAAUAUGUCGUGUUGAAGAAGCGCCUAGCCAAAAGUAGCAAUCGUGAAUUUGUAAAUCGCUGUCUGUUGCGUAGUUUAUAACAAGGGAAAAACGGUCAUGAUGGACACGGACUGUCUGGCUCUAAAGGACCUGAUAAGUCCGAGACAAAUCAGAACAGGCAUUGAGGACGACUCGGGCCAAAAUGAUCAGAAGGAGAAUGUAUGUCUGGAACGGAGGAAAGUGACCCCUCACAAAAGUGAAGCCACAUCAACAACUAUUAACAGCAAGAAGGCAACAACCCCUGAAUUCAUCCACAUCACCCCCAUAAAGCACCCUGAAAGAGCCCACGCGGACCCCUGGACCCCCACAGCCAACCUGAAGAUGUUGAUCAGUGCGGCCAGUCCGGACAUCAGGGAUCGUGAGAUAAAGAAAAUCCUCUUUCGGCCAAUUGAGAACGAAGAGAAGCUGGUGGUAGUGGAGGAAGAGGAAGAGGAUGCAGAACUGGAUGACCCCAGCCAGUUUGAUGUGGUAGAAGACUGUGGGGAUGAAUUUGAGAAGCGGCCCAACCGGAAGCAGAAGAGCUUGGGUCUGCUGUGCCAGAAGUUCUUGGCCCUCUACCCUGAUUACCCAGCAUCCUCAGACACCAUCGGCAUCUCUCUGGACGAGGUGGCUACAAGCUUGGGCGUUGAGCGUCGGCGAAUCUACGACAUCGUGAACGUGCUGGAGUCGCUGAUGCUGGUGAGCCGCGUGGCCAAGAAUCAGUACGUGUGGCACGGCCGUCCGCGGCUCAGCCAGACCCUGAAGGAGCUGCAGCAGCAGGGCCGACGCCAGCGCUACCACCUCCAGAUGGAGCAGGCAGCGCCCGCUGCCACGGCAACCACGCCGGCACGAGGAGGGGCAGCGCAUCAGGGCGAGGAUGGAGACGGCACUUAUGGGACGGCCUGCAGGAGGAAAGACAAGUCGCUGCGCAUCAUGAGCCAGAAGUUUGUCAUGCUCUUCCUGGUGUCCAAAACCCAAACGGUUACCUUGGACACGGCUGCCAAGAUCCUCAUCGAGGAGAGCCAGGAUACUGCCAGUCACAGCAAGUACAAAACUAAGGUGCGGCGCCUCUAUGACAUAGCCAACGUCCUGACGAGCCUGUCCCUCAUCAAAAAGGUUCACGUGAGGGAGGAGAAGGGCAGGAAGCCGGCGUUCAAAUGGAUCGGCCCCGCUGACUUCCACACCGAGGACUCUGUGGCGGUCAGUGGCAUCCCUGUGCCUCAGACCGAUGCUGAUGCCCAUCUGACAGUGCCAGCGGGCAGAAGGGAGAAGUUUGCACACCACGCCUCUUUCCACGUUGUGCCCACCUCGGUUGCCAACCUGAGACUCACCAGCUCGGCGCCCAGUACACCCAACCGUGACAACUCGGGUCAUGGGGUCGAACCCCUGGAUUUUUCCAGAAAGCUGGGGAACGGCGGCACAGUGUGCCGGCUUCGGUUCGGGGAGGCCCCUGGUCUGCAGACUGCUGUGGGCCAGAGUCCCAGCCCCCUGGUGCAGUCCCCAGGCCUCAACCCACUGGCCCUCCCCAUCUCCCCUACUGAGGGGUCCUUCAGCAUCCCCGCACAACCCUCCUACCCCCAGCACCACCUGGCCUACCUACCCGGACUCUCCCAGCCCUCCUUCCUCAUGCUGUACGGGGCCCCAGCCCCUGAGGGCCCUCACACCGAGGCUCAGGGUCAGGGUCAAAGGUCGCCCGGGGCGGAGGCCGGAGAGAAAAGGAAGAAUAGGGACAAAGAGGUGGAGCCGAGCCCGGCUGCCAAACGCGAGCGUCGUGAGGAAGAGCAGCACCCCCUACAGGCUGAACCUGAAAGCAUGCAGCAGAGUCCCAGAGCUUCACCCCACAGCCAGCGCCUCGGCUUGCCCGCCAGCGUAGCCCCUUCCAGGGAGGAGGGAGAGAGACGAAGCCCCGCUGUGGCCCCACCUCCAUCACACUACCUCUACGUUCCCAAUUCCGCAGGCCUCAACUUCCUCCUCUCCGCGGGCCACUCUGCAGGCAGCGUGUCCCUGUCUCCGGGAGGUGUGGCGCUCUCCCCGGGCGCGGUGCCCUCUCUGGCUGUGCCCUACGUGCUGGUGCCCUCCUCCGCCCUCUCCUCCUACCCGGCACUCCUUGCCAACGGCACUGUGGACCCGCACGCCCUCUCGGGCAUGGGCUUCAACAUGUCGGCCAUGGUGUCGCCGGCGCACUUCGUGGUCAGCCCGGGCGCCUUCACCGUAGCCGGAGGCUCGUCCUCCCUGUCGGUCCCGGAGCAUCCCCAAGCGUACGGGUCGGCGGUCCCGGUGUCCCCCGCCACGGCACAGAGGCAGCCGGACUGCCUGCCCCUCUCCGAUCCUCACACGCCUCUGACCCCUAAGGAGCCCGUGGCCCCCGGCUCUAAGGCUUUCUUCCAGACGCCAGGCACUUUGGGAGGAAUGGUAGUCGCCCCAGAGAUGCGCAAGCGAGGCUCUGUCCAGAGAAGACUGGACAUCAGCCACCCAGUGGCCAAGUAAAAAAGGGCUGAGACCAGAUCGCUGUGCCACCUAGUGUACCACUGCUCUGUCAGUCUUUAAAAAGCUGAGUCUCAGAUGCACAGUUAAGCGAUGCCCUGUGGGACUCCACUGCAAUCCACUGCUGUGUCAGUGAGCUGGUCAGGCUUUCCCAGCAGGGUGGACCCUCUGAAGGGUGCUUGCACAGUUGAAUAUAGCAGAUACAGGGAUUUCAUUUAGUUAGUUUAAAAAAAAAAAAAUUGUAAAUCAGAUUAUUACACUGCCCUCUUGUGGUCACUUUGAAGCAUAUGGAAAACUUCAAAUUCUAAUCCCUGCUUCUUAAACAUGACCAAAAAAAGGCUACCUGACCCACUUCCCCUGUUUAAAUUGUUACAUGUUGAUUGCUUAUUAUUCCCCAACAUUACUUAUAUGUGGUACUUUUCUUAAUGUUGAAAAUUGAGCACUACAUUUUUUUAAAAGAGAAAAUGUGAAUGUCAUUUUGGGCUAUGGGUUUUACUUUGAAUCGAUGCUCUAGAUAGAUCCAGUGAGGCCUUGCGUCCUAAAAGAGAUCAAAUAGGCCUACAGAUUAAAGGUAUCAUUAUCAGUGUUAGAAUCUUCUAUCGAACAGGGUAACACUUGAAAAGUUAAGCUGUACUGAAUGGCAGAUGUAAUGGUUAGUUGUUUUACUAUGCGUUACAUUAGACCUCAAGGUUUUGCUUCCAUUUCAAGGAAUGCAUUCCUCAUUUUCUGAAUGUGCAAACACUUAGGUAGGUCAAGCAACCCAAAGCAUUGCUUUUCUUACAGUUAGUGUCCUGUGUAGGUCCUAACAUUCAAAUGUUUUUUCAGAAUGUGCCUUGAUUUGAUACUGUGCUGUGCAUCUUUGUCCACACACCCAGCAAUGUGGGAUUUAGGAUUUAUAUGCCAAGAGAUUUGGCAUUCGUAUCCUACAUCGACUUUGGUUUACUUGAUAUUGUGCCAUCCCAUUGGCUAAGCUUGUGCUCAGCCAGUCGUUAUCACCUCUGAUAUUCAACACGUUCCAAGCACCAAAGUUAACAUUUAGAAACACUGCGUAGCGGUCUCUUCAAGCAGAGCCAGAGCCACACUAUUGGAUGUCGUGCUAAUUUGGCACUUGCAUUAACCUUGAGACUUGAUAGGCUAAAGCUAUGCUACAUUUACAGAUGUUGACAUCUGUAGACAGGUUCACACCUUGUGGUUUUCAGCGAACGUCUGUUCGUCUUGGCUUUUCAUGGUGCUCCUCUUCCGUGGUCUGGGGGGACCGACAAGGAAGUGGUUUUGAACAGCCGGAACAUACUUGAAUGAAUUGAAUGCAUGAAUUAUUAUUUUUUUCUUCACCCUGCAAGCUGGGUGGCCAAUGACCUAUCAGAAGUACUGUAUGAGUGUGCCAAACUUGGAUGUAAGAUGUUGCGUAUGCUGUUGAUUUCAGGAGGGUAGGUACAUAUAGGAUGAAUGUGUUCACGCUAAAUGUGAAACGUUUACGUAACUUGAACUGUGGAAACCAUUUUAUUUUAUACAUAGCCUGAUGUUUUUCGAGUAAUUAUUAAUGUUUGUGUACUCUUGUCAAUAUGUUGAUGCUUCAACAUGGCUGUAUGUUAAUUUAAUGCUGCUUUUUAAAAACUUCCAUUGCACUGUUAGUUUCAGUAGUCUUCAGUUUGCUGCUCUGUAGGGCAUACAAAUUCAACCACCAGUGUUCCUAUUAGAAGUGCUCUUUGAACCGUCAUGGAUCAAACUGGUAUAUUACAAUGGCUAGUUUUUGUAUAAUGGAAAUAAAUAUGUUAAAUUAAAUGCCUUUUCUUUAUGGGUCUUUUUUUUUUUUAUUCUAACAUUAAAAUAACGGUGGAAAAUAUCAGUAACCCUAGAAUGUCAUUCCAUAUAUUUUGCAUAUGGAGUGGCCACAAAAUGCUCACAUUGGACUUGUGUAGUGUUAAAGAAUGUCCAGUAGAUGGCAGUGCUUGAGAGCAAGCAUUAAAUAGAUGUACUUACCCGAGGGAGAGUGGAGGCAUAACGAAGGAUGCUGUGACGGCUCUUAUGGAGUCACCUGGAAUCUAAUGUCAGAGCUAUUGGCCAAUCAUUUACAUUAAUCCGAGUAUAUUCUACAUCGUAAACUACCAAAGUAGGUGCAAGGAUAUACACUUUGUUCAAUGGUAAAGAUGACAUUUUCAACCCUGUUAGAUCUAAUGUCACAUGCA